ACCAAAGGCUGGAGGUGAGUUUCCUUGACGUGACAAAGUUGACGCAAAUUCCGUCUCGCUAAAGAAGCGUUUACCGUACGUGUCGCUCGUACUUUUAAAAGUACAUUUGACAUGCAGCAGGAAUGAACCUUUAGAGCCUCUGUAUAUCUCUAAUAAACUGUCUUCGCCAUUUUUCUCAGUGAUGUACCAACUCGGCUCGGUAGCCUACAGAUGCUACUGCGGUUAAGCUAGCUGACUGGCUGUGAACACACCAGACUCUAUUUGAUUUUCUGCGCAGUUUUGAGGCUUCAAAGGAACACAAAUGUGUACCAAGAAAAAUGUGUAAAGUCCAAACAGUGAGAGUGCUGGUGAAGCAGCAGCUGACUGCAGCUUUGGACGAGAUAUUUAAGCUGUUUGAAGAGAAGACUGACAGCCUGCUGGAGGAUGUGGAGAACAAUAAAGCAGGCACCCAGCAGCUGUUGGUGUGUAAAGAAGAGGUUCAGCCAGAGUGGAGGCCCGAUGUCGACCAGAAGUACCCAGAGCCCCCACACAUUAAAGGGGAACAGGGUGAUGUCUGGAGCAGUCAGGAGGGAGAGCAGCUUCAAGGACAGAAGGAGGGUGAUCUCACCAAGUUCCCGUUCACUGCUGUCUCUGUGAAGAGUGAACCAGAGUCUCGGUUAACCACACACAAGUUGAAGACCACUGAUGGGCUGUUGGUACAGCAGCGUCUUGCUGCAGCUGUUGAACAGAUCGCUGAGCUGUUUGAAAGAGCAGUAAUGGAGUACGAGCAGGAGCUCUCCCACUCAAACAAAGAGAUCAUCCGACAACGGAAGCUGCUGGAUGCUGUGCUAAAGCCUGAAGUUCGGUUACACAGAGCAGAUGUCCAGCACUUGUUGGUGUGUAAAGAACAGGUUGCCCCUGAACAGCAUGAAUGGAAGCCCAUUCUGAAACAGGAGGAGCCAGAGCCCCUGAACAUUAAAGAAGAACGGGAGCAGCUUCAAGGACUGGAGGAGGAUGAUAUCACCAAGUUCCUGUUUACUGUUGUGUCUGUGAAGAGCGAAGAUGAUGAACAGAAAGCUCAGUCUUCACAGCUUAAUCGAACACAAACUGAUGAACAGAUGGAAACAGGAGCCGAUGGAGAAGACGGUGGAGGAUCAGAACCAGCCAGAAACUUAGAUCCAGCCGCUGAUGCCAACAGUUUGGACUCCUCUGAAGCUGAGACUGAGGACAGUGACAGCGUUUGCAGGGAGACCAGAGAACCUCAGUUACAUUUAAAUGCUUCUCAAAGUGUGAGAAAAAUAAUUUGUGUUGUUUGUGGUAAAAGUCUUUGUUCCAAGAGAAGUAUGUACAGUCACAUGACAGCCCACAUGGAAUGUGACUCCUUUAUUUGUCCGAUAUGUGCUAAAAUAUUCACCCAUAAGAAAACAUUACUUCCACACAUGAAAAUCCACAUAGAGGGUAAGCCCUUCAGCUGUUUAGUGUGUAAAAAAGAAUUUAACCAACGCCGGUCAUUGAUUGAACACAUAAGAACCCACACAGGAGAGAAACCCUACUGCUGCUCCGUGUGUAACAAAAGUUUCAACAGGAAAGGGACGUGGCUCGUCCACACCAGAAGUCACACUGGGGAGAAACCCUUUAGCUGUUCGCUGUGCGGGAAAAGUUUCGGUCAUCAAGCGCAUCUGAGGAGACACGAGAAACGCCACUCCACAGAGAAACCGUUUGGUUGCUCAACUUGCGGGAAACGCUUUAAUGACAAAGGACAUCUUAAAAGACACACUAGGCUGCACACAGGGGAGAGGCCUUUCGGAUGUGAGCUUUGUGGGAGAAAGUUUACUCAACAGGCCCAUUUCAAAGCCCAUAAAUGUGUUCUCUUUCCCACCAAUCCUUAAAAGGUCUUAAGGUACAUGUUCACAGGAUGAGUCAUUUCUAUGCUUUUCAUUCACUGUCUAUGUGAGCAGCCGUUCAAUACAAACUUGUAGCGCUGUAAUGUGCCUUGAGAGACGUUGGUCCUCAUUUGCAUAAAAUAGAGUAGAGUAGAGCCCAGCACCAUUACUCGCCGCCUCUGGAAACUCACAAAUUCUUUUUAGACCAACCAUUGCUGAUGUAAACUGAAGACAGAUUCAGCAACUACAUGGCAUAUUUCACACUUUUUGGUCAACUUUUUUCGUUAUAAGACAUUAUCAAAAUGAGCUGCAAUGUUGAUGCGUUUUGAAAUCCCGGAGCAGAGAGCAUGUCUGAUCAGGUGCAGCCAGAAGUGUUUGCAUGGUUGUAGGAGGGUGUAGCCUUUUGUGACAAUACCAUAGAUUUUAAUUCUGGUCCGGUUCCUGUUCACACAGACUUUCCUGUUCAUACAGACUCACAUAACUUGUUGAUUGUCAUCAAAUUCCAGUGACUGUGCUUUACGCAGCACUUUAAUGCUUCUGAUGUGUAUAUUUUUGUUCUUUCUGAAGAAAGAACUGAUUGUAAGCAUUAUUAGUAGUAUUAGACAUGUUGUUAAUAAUGACUAACAGGUCGAGACAAAAAGGAGGCAUCUUGUACAGUGAUUACUGGGGGCUUAUUGCUAUGGGUAAGAGUCAGAGUCUGGUCUGGGUCCAUUUUAUGUGUCCUGCAUCCCAGUGUAAUUUAUGUAUACACAUAGGCCCAAACAAACUGCACUGUUUCAAAACAGUGCUCAACAAACUGCACCAAACAAGACGUGUGAAUACACAUUAAGUUAAGGAAGUUAAAUUUAUCCACACAACCCAGAUUGUGAGAUAAUAUUUGGGAAUGAUGAAUGAUUGCAAUGAAUCACUGCAACAGCAUGGAUGGAUAAUGGUUCUUAAAUAUUUAAAUUAAUUUAUAGGAUUAGUGCCAUUUGGCAGUGUAGUUGCAGAUUGCCCCAUGGGCGAAGGAGAAACUACGGUGUGAAAGGCCCAUUGUCUGGUUGGUCCAUCCUGGGCUACUGCAGAAACAUUGCUGCCACCAUGGAAGACAACCCACAUCGUCUAUAAAUAAAAGUCGCUAAUUUUAAGAUAAUAAAAACACAACUAUUCUUAUAUUCAGGUGAUUAUACACUAAUGAAAACAUUGUUAUGAAUAUUAUAUUCCUUUUCUGACAAUAGAUCCUCCUCAAUGUUACACACUGGACUUUCUGAAUAAUGCAGGAUGUUCUGUAAUAUGUACGUAAGCAAGGACUUUGCUAGCUUUUUGCUUUUUAAAUUCUGGUUACUUGAGGGCAAAGCAAAGGCCACUGGUAAAGAAAUAUGUUAGUUACUAGCAAACUAUCAAACAACGUAAACAAAGAAAAAGAUGCUAACUACACUUACCAUUCUGAUACAUCUUCUGGCUAGUUCUGACGGCGAUAGGGAAACCAUUUUCACAGCAAACCUUCUCACCAUUACCACCGCCACUCUGUCACAGUGAAGGAAAAUGCACAGUUCCUGUGUGUCUGUUUAAAGUCUGUUUAAUAUUUGCAGUAGACCUUUUUCACAGCAGCCAUUUUUACUUGAAAUAGUAGGGUAACACAGGUGUUGAUACCACCUGUAUGAGACUAAUUAAGGUUCCAUUCAGGUUAAACCGAGCUAGUGUUCUGCUAUUGUGCUCAUUGACUCACUGGAAAGGCUCUGUUACACUAAAAGUAAGGAAAGGAUUUGAUUGGGUUAAUUUUAGCCAAAUACUGAUCCUUUAAAAGAUCUUCAUUGUUGUGUUUUACUGAAUGGGCAAAUAGAAAAGAGGGGGAGAACAUGUGUUCAGUCAGUGUAAAGUCUGGUUAUAUGAGUGAGAGGCUGAGGUAGUAACAUUGCUGAAAAAGCCAAUCAAGUUUCAGCGAUGUGUGUUCACUCUUAGCAACAGUAUACAGUAGAAGCAAGCACAUUGUUUCAUUAUAUUACAGCAAAUCUUUCCAUAGAUGCCUCAGUGAUACUCUCGCACAAACGGUGACUCAAACUCAAUAAAAGAAAUGCUCUAAUAUAGUCUCCAGUCUUUGUAUUCUGUGAACUGUAGUAGCUGGUGUUCACCACAAAGGGGCAGCACAUCAACAUGAAGCCUGCAUUUGUGAAGCUGCUAUGAGAUCUGUUCUGGAUUGCUGUUGGGCAGGAAUCUCUUCUAUGUGUGUGAAGUCACUGUCAACAAGGUUUGUCCACUUUCAGUGAACACAUUUAAAGCUGCAGUAGGUCAUUUUUAUGAAAAUAUUUGCAAGAAUCCACCGGGCCUGAACCAAAACAACCAAUCAGAAUAAAGAAAGAUAUAAAGAUGCUUUGGGUUGAAGGCUUUAGCAUAGUUGAUUAUUAAGUCUCAUUCCCAAAGCAUCCGUAGGAUGCUAGAAGGAGCCAGAGGAACCUGAUUUUUUCACAGAUUAUCUGUCUCAUGUACUACUGUCAGGAUAUAGUGAAAGUUUCAGGGAAUAUGACAAAAAGUUAUUUUUAUAAAAGUUACUUACUGCAGCUUUAAAUGCACGUGCUAAUAUUAUGACCAUGAAAUCUUCUUACUCAUGCAGUCAAACAAUUAAUAACAUAGAAAAGCUUUAUAGUGUGUGGGAAAUGAAUAAAGGCACAUGCAACAAAACUGAAAAGUCCAAACCUGUAAGAGGUGUGUAAAAGAUACACACAAAAAUGUUACUUAUUUGAAGAUCCACCUUUGAGAAAGACUUGCUCCGUUUUUGGUAAGCUGUGGUGGAAAGUAGUUUAUACAUUUGCUUUUUACUUAUAUUUAAGUCUUUACAUUCUAUGCUAAUAAUCCAAUCUGUAAUAAAAUAUUAAGGAUAUAUAA